UCCCCGCGGCGCACGCGGCGCGGCCAUGGCGCUGUACGGGGCGGCCGCGGCCGUGCUGGAGGCUCUGGAGCGCGGCGAGGGCGGCCUGAAGGCGCUGGUGUACAACAGCCGCUUCCCGCAUGUCCGGCAGCUCUACGCGCUCGUGUCCGAGACCCUGCGCUACGCGGCGGUGCUGGAGAAGGUGCUGAGCGGCGCGGGGCUGCUGCAGGCCGAGAAGAAGCUGUCCCCGCAGCUGGCGAAGGUGCUGGUGUACGACCUGCUCUUCGGUAAAGGCCUCAAGUGCGGGGGCCGCUGGAAGGCGCUGGCCCGGAGGCACCGGGCCCGGCUGCAGGCCGAGCUGGCCCGGCUGAAGGUGCAGCAGAAGGUGAGCCGCAACGAGGAGCUGCUGAGCCCGGCGCAGGCGGCCAGCCCCGCGGCCUCCCAGGUACCGCGCUAUGUCCGAGUCAACACCCUGAAGACUUGUGUGGAUGAUGUGAUUGACUUCUUCAAGCGCCAGGGAUACUCCUACCUGGGCAAGGCAGGCAGUGUGGAGGAACUGAGAGCCCUCUCUGGGAAGAAAUUCUUGCUGGACCUUCACCUCCCGGAGCUGCUGGUUUUCCCUCCACAAACAGACUUCCAUGACAACCUGCUCUACACUUCAGGACACAUCAUUCUGCAGGACAAGGCCAGCUGCCUCCCUGCCUUCCUCCUCAGCCCUGCUCCUGGCUCCCAUGUCAUCGAUGCCUGUGCUGCCCCUGGGAACAAGACCAGUCACCUGGCUGCCAUACUGAAGAACAAGGGCCAGAUCUUUGCCUUUGACAUGGACACCAAGCGCCUGGCCACCAUGAACACGCUGCUGAUGCGGGCUGGGGUCACCGGCUUCCAGCUGGCCCAGCAGGAUUUCCUGACUGUGGAUCCCACAGAGCCCAGGUACAGCAAAGUCACCUACAUCCUGCUGGACCCGUCCUGCAGCGGCUCAGGGAUGCUGAGCCGUGUGCCAGGGCAGGAGGCUGCUGUGGGUGCCCAGCGGCUGCGGGCACUGGCUGCCUUCCAGCGCCGGGCCCUGGCCCAUGCCCUGCGCUUCCCGGCCCUGCGCCGCCUCGUCUACUCCACCUGCUCGCUGCACCGGGAGGAGAACGAGGACGUGGUGUGGGCUGUGCUGCAGGAGAGCGGCUCUGCCUUCAGGCUGGUGGAUGCUUUCCCUGCCUGGCCCUGCCGAGGACUCGCUGCCUUCCCCGGGGCCGAGAGCUGCCUCCGCGCCUCUCCCGCUGACACGCUGACCCACGGCUUCUUUGUGGCCGUCCUGGAGCCCUGUGGGGAAGGGGCUGCUGUCCCCAGCUCCCUGCCUGCAGCAGCUGAGGAAAAGCCACAGUGUGGAGAGGGAACAGAGCCAGGAGCAGCUCCCAAAAAGAGGAAGAGGAAAAAGCAGCGGGUGAAGGAGUGAAAUGGCAGUGAGUGAAGCAGGGGGGAAACACUCCACCACUGCCAGCUGCAGCACCUCUCGCCACAAGUAACCCUCUGUGCCAGCUGCAGCGUGGUGGCAUUGGUGGCACCCUGCUCCCCUGGCACUGAGGGCUGCCCCUGGGGCCACUCUGUUGCUAGAGAUGGAGAGUUGCUUGCCCAGGGCUGGCCCCUCUCAGCAGCCCCCAAAGCCUGGGCAGUGUGCAGACAGCACCAGCCCCACUUCUGCACCCUGCAGCUGCAUCAAGGGUGUUACUUUACCACGUGUACUCCCCACCUCUCCUCCAAACCUCUGUGCCCCAGCCUGGUGGCAGGGUUUCAGAAAGGCCUGUGGAGGGAGGAAAUGAAAUAAAGUCUCUUUCUUUUCA